AUGCCAAGUUUCUGGAGUCGACAACUUUCGAGUAUAUCCAACGGCACUACAACUCACAUGAUCAACGAGCCAGUCGACGAGGAGUUUCUCUACGAGGAAAGGUUGAAGUACUUCCAUCCGACUCGAUCUGGGGAUGUACUAGACGGCAGGUUCAAGGCAAUUGCAAAGCUUGAUUUUGGUGCCGGGUCUACUGUCUGGCUAGCUGAAAAUCUCAAGUUUUCAAAGUUCUGGAGUUCAGAUAUUCCUCGCUAUGUUAGCAUUAAGAUACCAACUAUUGAUUCCAAUGCUUCUGGUGAAUCGAAACGCUCAAAACUCAUCUCCAGCACCAAUACCUCCCAUCCAGGAUUGUCUUUCAUCCGACUACCAAUUGAUGAAUUCCAGUUAGAGGGUCCAGAAGGAACUCACUUCUGUCUUGUUUACAAACCUAUGAGGGAGACUCUCUAUCAUUGGCAACGCAGGCUACCACAACAGAGGCUUCCUUUGCCUCUGUUCAAAUCUUAUGCAUUUCUCAUCCUCCAAGCUUUAGACUAUUUACAUAUCGAGUGCCAUUUGAUCCACACAGACAUCAAGGACGAUAAUAUCCUGGUGACGAUCGAAAACGACUCCGUGUUGGCCGAUUUCGUCAAGAGCCUGACCACAAAUCCCCAGCCUAGGCAUGUCCGAGCUGACGAUGGCCGUGUAAUAUAUCUCUCACAGGAUGACUUUGGUCCAUUGCGAGGUAACAUGGUUUUGCCAGCUCUGGCUGAUUUCAAUCAAAGCUUUCCAGGACUAGAUGGCAAUAAAGGCCAUCUAUCGCCCAUCCAGUCUCACCGUUACCGUGCCCCGGAAGUGCUACUUGGAUGUCCAUGGUCAUACAGCGUCGACAUCUGGAACUUUGGUCUUUUUAUGUGGAAUAUGUUAGAGAACACUAGCCUGUUUGAGAACAUUGUUGGCGACGAUGGUGAUUACGAUGCGCACAUCCAUCUAGCUCAGAUCGUUUCUCUGUUGGGGGACCCUCCUGAAACAUUGAUCAAUAGGGAACGUGUCUACCGCAAGCUAAAGCUUGGCCGAACAAUAGAAAACCCAAGGGGCAGGAGCUGUGAGACUAUGAACGAGUAUUGGGGAGGACCUUUCUUUGAUGAGCAUGGCGAAAUCAUGCACAAAGAUCUUACGGUACAAACACGGAGGCUGGGGGACACUGUCACUGAAUUAUUAGGGGAUGAGAAAGAUGUGUUCGUGGACUUUGCUUCAUCUAUGCUCCAAUGGGUGCCCGAGAAAAGGAAGACUGCCAAGGAGCUGUUGCAGCAUAGGUUCUUUGACUCCCUGAAAAAGGAGCGGGAACGUUUCAGACUUAUGUCUGAGUUUUGA